UUUCAGUGUAUGACGGGUUCAUCAUGUGACCACCCAUCUCAGUCAUAUGACCGCGGUGUUUAGGGUUUCGUUGAGGAGAAGUAUCACAACUUUCUUUGUCAAAGAGCCGAGAGAAUACGGAACAGAGUUGCCAGUAUGGUUGCAACGGCUGGUUUGAUGGAGCUACAAAGCCGACUCGCAGUGCUUUUCUCGGUUGUGCUAUCUCAGUGUCUAUGCACCUCUUUUGUCCAGAUUGAACCACUGGUUUAUGAUGAGCAGUUGCUGUGGGUGAGUGGCGGGGCAGGGGAGGUGGGCACCUACCGGAUCCCACUGCUCUCCUUUACCCCCAAGGGCAGUCUGCUGGCCUUCGCUGAGGCCCGGAAGAACUCUGCCAAUGAUGUGGGGGCCAAGUUCCUUGCCAUGCGACGCUCCACAGACAGAGGUGCCACGUGGUCUCCCACCUCCUUCAUAUUGGAUGAUGGUUACUUGGUUGACGGGCUGAACCUGGGUUCUGUGGUGGUGGAUGAGGAGACUGGCUCUGUGCUGCUGAUCUACUCAAUGUGCUUCCACCAGUACCAGUGUGACCCUGCCAGUAUUAUGUUGGUGGAGAGCAUGGAUGACGGUCUCAGCUGGAGCCCACCAAGGAACCUCUCGGUCCAGCUAGGGGUUAAGAACUUCGCCCCCGGGCCUGGCUUUGGCAUUCAGAAGCACUACCCUCCUGCCAAGGGGCGUCUGGUGGUGUGUGGACAUGGCACACUGGAGGGUGACGGGGUCUUCUGCAUUCUGAGUGACGAUCACGGGCGAAACUGGAAGAAUGGCGCCGCACUGAAGAGCAUCCCCUACAACCAGCCCAAACAAGCCCUGGACUUCAACCCAGACGAGUGCCAGCCUGUAGAGAUGGAGGACGGUAGCAUCGUCAUCAACGUGCGCAACCAGAACAACUACCACUGCCGCUGCCGCAUGGUGGUGCGCAGCCUGGACGGGGGCGAGACUCUACCUGUGGAGCAGCUGGUGUUUGACCCCAUCCUGAUAGACCCAACGGUAGCAGCAGGGGCGCUGCAGAAGGAGGGCGUGAUGUACUUCACCAACCCAGCUGACAGUACCCACCGGAUCAAUCUAACCCUGCGCUGGUCUCUGACCAAUGGCACAUCGUGGGAGAAGAACACCGUCCAGAUCUGGGCGGGCCCAAGCGGCUACUCCUGCAUGACAUCACUUACGAGCGGCAGCGCAGAGGACAGGAAGUUCAUCUUUGUCAUCUAUGAGAAAGGCCACAAAGACUACGAUGAGACCAUCUCCUUCGCCAAGAUCCACCUCUACGGUGGAUGGUAGUAGAAUAAGGCUGGGGUGGGGGACUAGGUAGAGUCUGCCUCUAACCACUGGUCCAAGGUCUGUGUUCUUAAAGUGUCUUGGUGUGCUGAACUAGCAUCAGUUUAGCCUUUUUUAGAUCAUAAUGAAUUAGAUUAUAUAGACAGGGACCUGAUCCUAGAUCAGCAUUUUUACUCAGAUACUUUUUGAAUACAGGCCCAGAUAUUUUUAUCCUCUUAAGUGGUUAUGGUUAGGUUGGAUUUUUAUCCAAGAUCUGUGGUUAGGAGCAGGUUCUACCUCCAGCCGGGGAGGGAAAGGGAAGAGGAUGUUGAAGAUUAUCUCAGGACGGAGGACUCAUGGGACUUUGCAGCACCACUUUGUUUUGAUUGGUGGAGGGAGACAUACUACUCCUGUUUUUAUUGUACCAAUAAUGACAGUUGUGUGCCACUUUAUCCGAAGGUGGGCUUUUAAAUAUAUCAGGGUUGGUUUCAUUAGGGCAAAAUGCAGCAAAAACAUUCUGCACCAGGAAAUGGAAAGUUCAGCUAGUCCCUCCCUGUUUUAGUCUGUUUUCCUCCAUUUGGUGCCUAAUAUACAUGUUAUUAGUAUGGUCCAAGCACAGGUGUCCUGUCCUUUACUGAAGAUAUGAUAGUCUGUAAUGAUUGGUGGGAUGUUGGUGUAGCUACGCUUCCUUUCUGUUGAGGCUCCUAUAGCUGAGAGAGGAGGGGGGGGAAGGAGUCUGCCAUCCCCCAUCCACACACACACAUCACAAAAUAAAAGAGAUGGGUGGAAGGAAAAUAUUUUGGGAAAGACUUGCAACUGCUAUUUCCAUAUGGCAAAAAAAGUUUUUCAAAAUACAGCUUUAGAGACAUUUUAAUGCCUAGUAAAUGCAGCUCCCAGCCCUCUGCCUCCCAGUCCAUAACAGAAUGGUUGCACUUUCACAAUGUCAAGGAAUUUCUACGGUUUCCUUUUUUUGAAGGAUGGUUCUUGCCAACUUUUGACGUGAGAGAUGUUUGUAUGAUGAGACCGUUUUAUGUGAGUGAAAUGACACGUAAAAUGAUUGACUUGUGUCCACUACACUAUCUCAGAUCAAUAGAACAAGUAUAGUUUGAAUACCAUCAACUUGAUGUUUUUACGAGGCAUGGCGCCAGGGAUCUGUAAUUUCAUUCACCCAUUUUGUGAUCUAAGUUGAAAGUAUAAUAAUCAACUGUGAUUGUGUCACAAAUACUUCAACUCAGUGUUUCUGUAGCAGAUUUGAUCAGUCUCAUCUAGCGCACUCCACAGCAGAUGUAGUUGUUUUCCUCAGUUCACCUUGCUGAACCCUUCUGUGAAGCUGAUAUGAAAUAGAUUCCUUGUUUAGUGGUAAGACACUGCAUCUGGUUAAUUGCACAUAAGGAUUUGAUUGGUCAUUUAUUCGAAAGUGAUUUUGGUUAGAAACUGUUGCCUUGUAUUGAGGAAUCUGGAUGCAUGUGAACUCAUUGUGUCAAGUUGAUUUGCCAAUGUUAUGGUCUUAAGUGCACUUGAUUUUGUAUUAUAUUUAGCAUAUAUUCUACUCUUACUGUAAGCUAAUUCUCUAUCUUACACCCUUCAUUAUCAUCCCUUUCCUGAAAGUGUGUACAUUUAAUAGAAGGGCUUCCUAUGUUGAUGACCUUUUAAGAUUUGUGAUAGUGUUUAAAGGAGGUGUGAUGUGUGUCUGAGUAUUAAUAUAUUAUGUAUGUACGUUUAGAUACUGUACAAUUUGUGGAAAAAUGUGAGAACUGAGCUUCUUUAAAAGCAGCAGUUGAGCCACACUGUGUGGAAAAAUACUGUUAAAAUUGUUCCAGAUAUUACAAUUGUAUUAAGCCUCUUGUAAUGUUUUGGGAUAUCCCCCUGGGUCUGUAGAUAAUGUCCUGUACUUCCCUGAAAAGUAUGUGAAAUAUUUUUUUUGUUAGCCACGCCCUGUUUCAUGCUAUGUGGGUGAACAUUUAGAUUCAAAUGGAGAUUUUGGAACAAAGAAAUCGUACACAUAAAUGUACACUGUAAGACAAAAUAUAAGAUGUAGCUGUAAGAGAAGGUUAGAAAAGAGAAUAAUGCAAAUAUCCUUAACAACUAUUUUGUUUGUCACACUUAUAGAAGUAAUAUAAAUAUUUUUCUUUAUGACAAUGUUGCCAGAAUCUUAUAGUAGAAUCACAGUGUCUUCUAAAAUGUAUUAUGUGUUAGGCAUUAAUGCCAAAUUAUAAUGGGGAGGGAACAAAAUUCAUUAUUAUUGAAGAUACUACAUUAAAUUGGCAUUCAUAGACAUGAAACAAGUUCUUUGAAAAUUAACCACAAUGAAUGGGAAAUUAUUUUCACCUUGAAUGCAUCGUAUUUUCUGAAGUUGAAUAAACAGAUGGGAAGUAUAUAGAGCACAGAAAGUGGGUGGAAGAACGGGGAUGUGAACCGCUCUCUCCGGGUGCGUAUGUAGUCCUGGACGGCACUACCCAACCCAGACAACCAUAAUUGCAUCAAUCAUUUACCACAAAUCAGACAUUAAAGAAACAGUAAAACAGA